AUGUCUCCGCCACUUUACCACCUCAACCUCGCAUACUACGUGCACUAUCUGCCGGAGCAGCUCCGCGCCCUCCAGGUCCCGGUGCAGCGCCCGCGGAUGACGCAUCUCAAGUGUGGGCUGUGCCACCGCCUCCAGGAGGAUCCGGAGAGGGCGCUGCACCAGUGCUCGAACUGCUACAGCUGCUUCCAUCUGGGCUGUGUGGCGCAGCUGAGGAUCCACGAGCUGUCGGAGCGGAAUGUCCGGCUGGUCUACGGCUGCCCGAGCUGUGGCACGCCGUGGUUGACUCCGCAGCAUUCUGCCGAGGAGCGCGGGAAGUCUGCGAGCCCCGGGAAAGAGAAGAAGAAAGUGAACUGUCAGGUCAAGUACCAGUACCAGCGCAACGCGGAAAACGACUAUGUGUGUACUGUCCGCAUGCCCGAUGGCCGGCCAUGCGGGGUGACUGCGGCACUUUGGGAUGCGUUCGCGGCGCAUCACGCACGCCAGCAUGAGUCCCGGAGGUGA